GUGUGAACCUUUUAUUAUCAACUGUAUUUGGAAAUUCUUGUUUCGGAAAACGUUGAAUAUUGUACUUGAAUUUUGUUAAGGCAAUUUCGAUUUCAUCAAAAUAUUAUGCAGUUUCUGGUUAGGAAACAGGCAGUGUGUGCCUUUUUCUUAGCAUAAGAAAAUGUCGUUCGGAUUAGGAAAUGGUGAUGCGUACUUUUCGCAGGUGUUAAUGGGCCACAUGCAGUCUGCGCUUGCCAAAACUUCCCCUUCUGUAGAUGAGAAGCUGCCAGGAGCUCCCUCUGAGCAGCCUUCUGACUUCAACGGUUACGCAUUAACUUCUUCUGUAGAGGUGCAUGAUAGCCAGGAACCACCUCUACCAUCACUUUCGAAUGGAAGCAGUGCGCAUCUUCAGCAUUCUCCAGACAGCGAGCGCUUUGACGGACCAGUGAUCACUGGCUUUCGUCAAGAAAAUUCCCCGGAACUUCCGGAACUUGGUUUGGAGUUUGACAAAACUGAAAAUGAUGGACGCAUUCUGAAAAUGGAUAGUACUGCUCAUGGAGAGAGUGUGGGCGAAGAAAAAGUGCUUGGCGCCCAAAAUUCGAAGGGAAAGACACUGACCGAAAGUACAGAAUAUGAGAUCCCUGAAAGGCCGAUUGGUGUCUUCGAGAAAGACAGCGGAAUGUCUGGGUCGGAAACCAGGAAGCCAACCGAUGCUGAGGACAAUCUGGUCAAAGAUGCAUUAGAUGGCGCCCCGACUGGUCUUGUUAGUACGGACGUUGCUCAGCUUUUCUUCACAGCCAUUAACAAGGAAUGGAAGAUCAGUCCCAGCCGACUGCGCAGCCUUCGGGAACCUGAACCGGAAAUAUCCGUUUCGGAAGUGGCGGCCAGCGUCCUAAUGGAAUCGACCACUGAAUCUAUGGAUACGCAAAGCGAUACUGAAAGUGUAUUGAAUGGUUUUCCAAAGAAAUCCAUCGAGAAUGGCAUUCCGAAGAAAUCCAUUGGUCAUGGAAGCAACGGCACAUGCUCUCCACCCGCCGAGAUGUUUAACACGGGUAUUGAAAUGGAAGCGGGCGUGGAAAGUGAAGGUAUUCUAGAACAAUCUGGAGCCUCCACUGCAACCGAGAUGAUUGUGGAACGGGCGGACGAAUAUCCUUGCGCGCACAAACCGGCUGAAGUCGUUGCUGGCGCAAAGCGACCAAAUAGCGCUUUAGAAGAAGGCACAUCCGACAUUAGUCAUGACUCCAUAAACUGGGAGGCUAAAGUCCGAGGAAUUUCCCAUUUGGACUGUCGGAUUGUGAAUGAUCUGUUGCCAUCACUGAGUCCACGAAAGAAACCAAAAAUCGUUCAGAAGGAGCAAGUGGAAAUAACACAGCAGCUGAAUUCUGUGCGUUUAAGCUGUCUGUGCGAAGAAGUGAUCAAACUAGGAGCGAAAGGCAAUGUGGAUCGGUACGCUCUGGAUGUGACGAAGGCCUGGGCAGAUUUCAAAGGCCCAUCGAGAGUCUCCUGGACUCCUCAGGGAACCGAAGCUGCCUCGACUGUAGCAGUUUGUCAAGCGAAAAUGAGUGUGGAUGAUAAAUUGUACGGGUGUAUGCGCCCCAUUGCGCGUAGUUUCGUGGGAAAUCUAUACCGCCCUUCCCCGUCACAUCCACUGAUUGGACUAUGCGAAGUACAUUGUGCAGGCUUGCGAAAUCAUAACUGCUGCCCUGGUUGCGGAGUGUUCUGUGAGGUGGGAGAGUUUCGGGCGUGUUCACACAAGAGCGGCCAUUUGUACCAUGAAUCGUGCACAGAAAGGGACAAAAUUGGAAAGGUCCGAUGUAUUCAUUGCCUAAAACCAUCCAGUCAUGUUAAAAAGACGAUAAAAAAUCCUGGUUUGGUGCCGGUUAACUUUUGUGCAGAAGACUUGGAUCCGCAGUUGCUUCUUAUGGCUCGACGCCCACCGGUUUCUUAUGUGGGAAUUCCUUUAGAUACUUAUUAUAGAGAUUUUCCUCUGGGUUUCCGUGUAGCUUGUGCGUAUUUACCGCCUUCUUAUGCUCAAGAACUGAAAGAAAAGCUGAGUCAGUUUGAUAUGGGAGUUCAACAAGAAAUGGAAUGGCUUGAUUUGUUUCAAAUGGUUAAGGAUGGGGAUAUCACUGGAGUGCUUCAUUUCGUGUGUAAUCCGGCAAAUCUGCAGACGCUCUACCAAGAAUGCGUAUCGCGACGAAAAAGCGGGAAUGAUCUGUUGGAUCAUUUUCCUUUAUCUGGACCGGUGCAUCUUGCGAUUCAGCGGAACCACCCGAUCAUUUUAAGUAUUUUACUACAGCUGGGUUUUCCGUUGACUUUGCCCGAUAAGGAUGGGAAUUUACCGUUCGAACAAGCUGCGCUAGCCAACAGCUUCGUAUCUUUGGACGUUUUGAAGAAGUUCUACGUCGAAUUACCUCCAAGCGCUGUACGAGAAAUAUCGUUGCGAAAAUUCCUGCAGCAAAAGCGCUUCGACUGCGUUGCAUUGUUGUUUCGUUAUGAAUUGUAUGAUUUUGGAGAAUUCGCAUUUACCAGAGACGAACAGCAGGAAGCCCUGAAAAACUUGUUUUCUUGCGGAAACAUUGCUGUUAUCUCUAAUCUGCUGGAAUGCCCACAUAUUGUGGAUCAGCUGCGUUAUGGAACGUUUGGAUCGGAAGUGGUUGGAAUUUUGAUGAAAAACUGGCGGCAUCGAUUUGCUGUAGCAGCACUUAAUCAGUUGAGCAUUCGGCUUCUGAGCAGUAUUCCUGACGUUUUUGACGAUGGACCGGUUGGAAGAAAAAUGUUGGCGGCAUCAACCGGUGGUGCUUUGCCUGCUGUUGGAGCAUCGAAAUUUUUCGACGGGGCAGACGAUCCUGUUCUCGUUUGUGACCUUUCUGACAGUCGGGAAAUGCAUCCUGUGGAGGUGGUCAACCGCUUCGAUCAGACCUUGCCGGUGCCGUUUUUCUAUUCUAUUCAACGCACUGUUGCUCACGAUAAAUUCUGGAGCAUAGGCUUGCAUUCGGAUAAGUCUUGCAGGUGUGAAAAUGACUGUACUCGACUGUGUUCCUGUUAUUCUGAAACGGGUUCUAGUUGUUUAUACACUAAAGACAGACUCCUGGAUGUGGAUCGUUAUCAAGGCGAGCCUUUGUACGAAUGUUGUCGAUUGUGCCGUUGCUCACCUACCGAAUGCCGGAAUCGUUUAGUGCAGAACCCUUCCUUAGGGUUCUUUCAAGUGUUCAAAGCCAGAGAUGGCACAUGGGGGUUGCGUUCUAAGUACGCCUUGCCAAGAGGAUUUUUUGUGGGAAAACUUACAGGAUCUCUUGCUCAUAUGGGGACAGUAAAUAAGGUCUUGAUUGCCGGAGAAAAAGAACUACAUAUUGUGGUUGUCAAUGCUGAUCGCGAGGAGGACUUCACCGGCAUAAUCACAAGAGACUGUGGGAAUUAUACGCGAUUUUUGAAAAUGGAGGCACGUGGCAAUGUCAUGGCCGUGCAGGUGUAUACGGACAACGACGCAACUGAUGUUCCACAGAUUGGAUUCUUUACGAAGGAUGUGGUGAGCGCGUUUGAGCCGCUUGUCUUACAGAUUGGGCAGUUGAAAACCAUUGAGUGGAGCCAUGGCAUGAGUGAAAACCGAUACAAAACGUGAUUCGGAGACUUACCGCAACUGGAUCAUGCCAGUAUUAUAACACGAUUAUUUUUUCUAUGCCCUUUGGUUUUCGUUUAUUUUGGAUUUGGAUUUUCUAAAUAAUUCUGACAUUACGCCGACAUAGAGAAUUUUGUGUUCUCUUUCUGACUUUCAGUUACUUAUGUGGGUCUCGGAUGUGUUGCAAUUUUUGUUUGCCAGCUGACGUUACUUGUUUCAGAAUUAGUUCUCAGUUUAGACUUUAGACUACUCACCAAAGAACGUUUUUUGGAUCUAACAUGAAUGCAAUAACUAAUCUUCUACUACCGAAUUUCAUUCAGUAAGGCAAUAAAAUAUAUUUUUUUAUGAAUCUGUUGUUUAUUUAUCAAAAUCUGAAGUUUCCAUAGCAACGCUUGUUUCGGUUAGGGAU